GGACGAGCCAACUACUACAAUUCGAAAACGAAAGCAAAGAAGGCUCGCCCGGAACAGCACGCGAACAAGGCUCUUUCCAGGGACGAGCGGGACCUGGCCUUCGGGGAGGGGAGCACGAGGCAACUGAUAGGCCACGAUAGGAUCCAUGUAGACAACAGUAAAAGGGUCAUGCCCGCCAUGCGCGGCGUGGAGAAAAAAUCUCAAGGACCUUCUACGCAGAUAAAGCCACGACCUCGAGGUCACUUGUCAAGAACAGAGAUAACAAGAAGUACCAGGGUCGCAGAAGUAGACCACGUAAGAAUUGCCGAAACUACUACAACUACACCUCCAUCGUCCUCGCCACCUCUCGCGGCAUCCACUUUCCAGGUUUUUCCGAGAAUCCCCAUGGUGCAGUCCUUCGCGGAGGAGGAUAGUUCUUGUUCAUCUGCUUCUAGCAGCUACGCAAGCGACGAGGAGGAAGCAAGUGAUCAACACGUGGAACAUGAAAAUAAACCAGACGAAGCAGCAAGAAGGGCGGGCGAUCAGUUCUUUCGUGACGAAAACCGAGCAAGAACUCCUCGUGGUCCACCUCUUACGCGGCGACCAAUUCAGUGUGAAAUAACUCCUGCAGGAGCUGCCAGUGGACGUCGAACAACUGCAAGCGUGCUGUUGCCUGUCAGGCCGGCGGAGGACGGGGAACAGCAAUUACGUAAGACCUCCUGCCACGUCGAGCUACAGGCUUUAAUACCUC